AUGGAGGCUAAACGCAUGCGUGUGGAGGGCAAGCCUCCGUACCCCUCGCGGGGGAACCGCCUUCAAGACAAGGUCGUAGUGAUUACAGGAGCCGCGGGAAACUUUGGCUCCGUGUGCGCGCAGAUGGCGGCAGCUGAGGGCGCCAAGCUUGCUUUAGUGGACUUGGCCAAGGACAAACUCGAGUCCGUCGCCGAAGAUGUCAGAAAGACGUACAAUGUUCUUGUCAAGGAGUUUGUUAUGGAUGUGACCAAGGAGGCAGAGAUAGAAAAGACGGUUGCGGACGUGAAGGCUGCGUUUGGUUGCAUUGAUUGUCUUUUCAACAAUGCUGGCUACCAGGGCCUGUUUGCCCCUGUGGAUACCUACAGCUUUGAGGACUUUGAAAAGGUCAUGAAGAUAAACGUGACUGGCGUGUUUGCAGUUCUCAAGCACGUGUCCAAAGUCAUGGUGGAACAGAAGAGGGGCGCCAUCGUGAACACAGCCAGCUGUGCUGGACUCGGCUGUCCCACGAUGAUGACUGGCUAUGCUACCAGCAAGGCGGCCGUUCUCCACCUGACGAAGAUCGCCGCCCUUGACCUUGCUCCCAGCAACAUCCGCGUGAACUCUGUGAGUCCAGCAUUUAUCGGACCCGAUGAUGGCUUCAUGUGGCUACGGCAGGUAGAGCUUCAAGCGAAGGCCAACCCGACUGGAGCCCCCGAGCGGUACUACUCCAAUGACACCAAAGAGGUGGCCACACAGAUGCUGGAGUCUGUGCCGCUGCGGCGCCUCGGCCGCCCAGAAGAGGUGAUCCAAGCGGUUCUCUUCUUGCUCAGCGAGGAGUCCUCCUACAUCACCGGCACGGACAUCAACAUCUCUGGUGGCAAUGUUUUGGGCGGUUCCCGGGGUUAG